AUCCGCGUAACUCGGAUGCGAAGAGUAACGGAGCUACAUCGUCUUCGCUUUGAAGCGUGAUCGGUGCGUAGAGGAUAUGCAAUCCUUACAAUACAAAACUCUGCCAUUCACGAUGCAAUUUCUAUCUGAAGAUCAGAUACAGACCUCGGUCUCGUCGCUGCGAAAUGCUGGUAUUAUAGAUCUGGCUUCGACACUGUACACCAGGCUUGACAACCUGAGCGCUCCUCGUUUGACGAACCGUAACCAGGAGAAAUAUGUCACUUUGAUGUCUCAAGACGGGCGGGUUCCACUCACCGCAGAAAACAAGCUGACUCAGUUCUCACCGUCAUGCCCCACUUCACGGACAUUCUUGCUCGUCUGUCCGUGGAAUCGUCAUGAUCUCGGGCUGCCUGACUUUGCAGAAGAUGCUCGGAGCAUGGUCGAUUAGUCAGAGCCCGAGUCUCCGUUGGAUGGAUCGCUCCGCGGGUAUCCUAGAGAAAAUGAGCUAGUUGAUUCGGAGUCUCACUCGCGAGCGUUGAGAUUCAUCAUUCGCCUGGGACAGCCUUUUGGCGCACUUUUGCUAGCGCAGCAGCGCGGUGGGGAGUACAAGGGAAUUGUGUCGGAUCACAAUAUCAUCGCAGGGGUCAAGGACAUGGCUUCUGUUUACGACAUAAUGGAUGGCAGGAUGCUAGAGAUAUUAUAGUUCCAUGGUUUUCGAACACCUCUGACGCGUUUUCAUUCGUAGCUUGACAGCGCAUGCAUGGAACAUUUCCUCUAGACAUUUGUAUCGUGUUAUACGCUGACUUACAACAGGAAAGCGACGGUUAUAUGAACAAAUUGACAGCUGAGAAAGCGCUAUCAC